AUGAUGAUUUCUGCGGCCUUGUGUGCCGCUAGAGUCAACACUCCUUCUUUGUUUUUUGUUUUAUUUUGCUUGGGCUUUGCUUUGCGCAUGAACGUGAGUGCGCCGCCCCUCGAUAACUGUUUCCAUUGCGUGCCCCGCUGCUGCUGGGGGUUAUUGCCUCCACUGCCAUGCGGUGAGCGGCGUGAACGCGGGCGUGUCGAUGAUCUCGAUGUUGUUGUUAAGGUCUGCUGGGUGUGCAAAACGGCAGACACUAAGAUUCUUUUCGUUUCAUUGCUGGCUCACUGCGGUGCGUCUGGGCUGACCCCUUAA